CUGAAACUAAUUUGUCCCUGGCAGUCCUGGCUCAGGGAGAGCAGUGGUCACUGCAUCCCUGAGACCUCCUGCCGUCAUCAUCUCCUACACAGACACCAUCCUGAUUGCCAGCUUGACAAGGCUAGAAUCACCCGGAGAGAACUCUGGGCUUGUCUGCGAGGGGGCUUCCGGACUGAAUUCAUGGGGAACUAUGCUCUAAUUAUAUACAGCCUAGAGGUGUUGUCUAAGGACACGUUAGAGUAUAUAAACUGGGGAGAAUUAACUGAAGAAGCUCAGUCCAUGAGGCCAUGUAGAAGCCAUCAUCCAUGCUGGACCAAGCUUCCCAGGGCAGUUGCUUUGGGGGUCACCCAUGCUCUGAAGGUCCCCAUAAUCGAUGUGAGCCUGGACUCCAGCUUGGCAAGCUCUCCGGGAUUGAUUACUACUGACUGGGAUCAGGGGUCAUCGCCCCCACCUAUCACCCUCAGUGGACCCUAGAUCUGACCUCCAUAAGCAAAACCCUCCCAACCUGGAGAUUGCCUGACUUCAGCCGCUCCUGCACUAAGUGACAGACGGGCUGGACUUACGAGUCCUCAGGUCUCUGUGCCCUCCGCCACCGCCAGCCACCCCUGAAGAGCCAUGAUUCGCCCUUGGGUUCUCUGUCUCCUCCUCUUUUCUCACUCCUCCGCCUAUUCUGAGAGCUGGAUGCCCCUCAUAAACCUCUCCCACCGCUUACUCAAGGACGCUAACUCCUCCUUGUCUUCCAGCUGCUGGGUCUGCUUGUCCAUCCAAACCCAGCGAUCUCUAGCCAUCCCAGCCCCACUAACGACUUGGACAGACUCGCCCAUGAAACUUCAUAUCACAUACUCAACCCGGACCCUCUCCGGCCCUUACCCUAUUUCUGACCUCGAGAGGCGCCUCCAGAAUUUCCAGCCAUUAACUGCGCAUGACUCUUUCGUCAAUCCUGACCGACGGGCCAUUGCUCUUCUUCAGCUCACUAGCUUAACAGGCAUACUUCCCAUACUCUCCCGAAUUACCUCCUCCAGAUACACUGGAGAUCACAUCUAUGAGUCCGCCCAGCGCCCCAUAUGGGGGCCGCUCUCCUCCCAGACCCUCCUCUACUCCCAGGCUCCUCUCUGUAUAUCCCGUUUCUUCAAGAACUCAAGGCAUGCCACCUUCGUGGGCAACCUCUCCGCUUCUCUCUGCAACCACACGUUUCAUCUUUCCCCGUCUGCCAACCACCAAUCCAUAGAUCUGUCCACCAGCUACGCAUUUGCCCAGCUAAUGACCAUGCCAGGCGCUAAGUGGAGAAAUCCCUUGCGCUUUUCAGGACCCCCUUCCCUAACCUCAGGGCAGCCUUACCACCCCUGCCUGGUAGACGACAUCCAUUGUCACACCUACCCAACCACGCCCUGGAGGCAGUGCCCUUCCUUCCCGUCCAGCACCUGCUAUAAUCUUACGCUGUUUGAACCAGACAACACAACUCACCCCAUCACCCUGUCUGUGGACACCACGUACUUCAAGAUUAAACUCCAGGGACAUAAAGAUCCCUAUCCACUCUUUCAGUAUCAGCCCCUCAUGGGGGCAGCCCUCUCUGGACAAUAUUCAGUCUGGGAAUAUGAAUCCACUGUCCAGGAAAACGGGGUCAUCACUCCAAACAUCUUCUCACACCUUCUCUCCUUAACGUACUCCUUUUGUCUCAACUCCUCGGGAGUCUUCUUCCUCUGCGGAAGCUCGACGUACGUCUGUCUCCCGGCCAAUUGGUCGGGUGUCUGCACCCUUGUCUUCCAAUACCCAGACAUUGAACUCCUUCCCAGUAACCAAACCGUAACUGUCCCCCUUUUUGCUACAAUUCCCUCCUGGGUCUCCACUUCUCGCCGGAAGAGAGCCUUUCACCUCCUCCCCCUUCUUGCGGGCCUGGGCAUUACUUCCGCCCUCGGGUUGAGCAUCGCUGGCAUCACCACCUCAACCAUCUACUUCCAACAGCUUUCGAAGGCUCUCUCGGACAGCCUAGACGAAAUAGCCACCUCCGUUAUCACCCUCCAGGACCAAAUAGACUCGCUGGCGGGGGUCGUUCUCCAAAACCGUAGGGCUCUGGACCUCAUCACCGCCGAGAAAGGGGGCACCUGCCUCUUCCUCCGCGAAGAGUGCUGCUUCUAUGUAAACCAGUCCGGAGUAGUCCGGGAUGCAGCAAGGAAACUUCGAGAAAGAGCAUCCGAACUCCGCCCAACGUCCAGCUCUUGGAUCCAGGGGCUGGAGCUGGGAUACUGGCUGCCCUCCUGGUUGACAUCCUUCAUAGGACCCAUUCUCUUUAUCCUGUUUCUGCUCAUUUUUGGACCGUGUCUUCUUAACUGCUUGACUCACUUUGUAUCCCAGCGAAUGAGUUCUUUCAUUCAGAACACUACCAAAGGGCACGUGGACAGGAUCCUUCUGCUUCGAGAGUCCCAGUACAAGAGACUUCCCCCGGAGGAGGCUGCCAUCCAGCAGCAAGAAACUACCUGAACCACAGACCCCGCCCCCUUCUAUCUACGGAUCUGUAGAAAUAAAGGUCACUGUUGGCCACACCCACACCAUUUUGAAAAUCUUCUCCAGGGGCUGGAGAGAUGGCUCAGAGGCUAAGAGCACCGGCUGCUCUUCCGGAGGUCUUGAGUUCAAUUCCCAGCACCCACAUGGUGGCUCACAACCAUCUGUAAUGAGA